AUGAUCGAAUUCAAGGGCCGCAGUGAGUCAAUAUUCAUCGUUACUGUGGUUUUCUUGGGGAUAUCCUUCAUUGCCGUAUGCCUACGAUGUUUCGUUCGGCUGCGGCUGGUGCGCGCAUUUGGGUGGGAUGAUGCGCUGAUGGUUUUCGCUAUGGGAUUAAACAUCCUGUUUGCGUUAUGUGGUAUUACUGGCUCAUUGUACGGCAUGGGCCAGAAAUUCGAGCAACUGGAAGACGGCUAUCUUGAAACCGCCCUUUUUUGGUGGUGGCUAGGUCAAACGAGCUACGUCGUGACAGUUGUUGUCGCCAGGAUUUCCAUUGCGCUGGCCCUCCUCCGUCUUACUGUUUCCAGAGUACACACCAUCCUCUUAUGGUGUGUGGUAGGCGUGUCGAUCAUCGUGGGCCUCGUAUUUUGGUUCAUGUUAACCUUCGAGUGCAAACCGGUGUCACACUUCUGGCAACGCACCAAACCCGGACACUGCAUGUCUAUUGAUAAACUCCUCGAUAUUGCCUACGUAUACAGUGUCACUGCGAUGCUCUGCGACUUCACCCUUGGGUUGCUACCUAUUUUCUUGGUGUGGAAAUUACAAAUGAGUCGCCAAACCAAGGCCGCGUUGGCGGGUAUCCUGAGCUUGGGGUGCAUUGCCAGCGCAGGUGUCAUCGUCCGUAUCCCUUUCCUUCCCACCUACAAAGACGCCGAGUUCCUCUACGCAACGACUCAGAUAUCUAUAUGGUCUAAUGUCGAAGCGGGCCUCGGGAUUACAGCAGGUUGCCUCGUCACCCUUCGCCCUCUCUUCCGCUGGUUGGGCGGAACCAGCUACUCUCCUACACGCAGCAAGAAAACCUCCGGAAGUAUGCCGCUCUCGAGUAUGAACGGUCAACAUGCCUCGCGAAGCGAACAUACCACAAACUCGACCAAAUUCUGGCGUCCGGAUCUGAACCCUGACGACACUAGGGCUAUUGUUACGACCGUGCAAACAGCUCAGGGAAGCCCGCACAGUAGUCAGGAAAAUCUCAAUCCAAAGCCAGGCGCAUGGGACGGGCGAAAGUCGGGAAAAUCCAAGCUCCGUCCCGGCACGUGGCGGCGACCAAUCGCGAGCAACGGGGCCUUCCGUACGUUCAAUCCUCGGCGGCGAAUCCCAAAAUUAUACUGUCGAGGUGGCUUCUUCGCGCUUUCCUCUUCGACCUGCACUUCGGAGAUAUACUGGUGGCUUCAAGGCUUUGGGCCCUUUAUUUCCUAUGGUCUAUUGAGGCUUUCUUGGUUUCUCAAGUUCGCGUCGUCUGGCCCGCGUCGUGGUCAUUCGAGUGUCACCAUGCCAGGACUCGUCGAAGAUCCCCAGAUCAAAUACUCCUCUCUCCAUAACCCCCUUCCCACUCAGUUGCACACUUAUGUAUGGCCGUUCCUGAUCAUCUGGCCUGCAUUCUUCGCCUUCUAUCUCUCCCCUGAACGCUACGAUACAUACAUUCAAGGUCAAGAAUGGACCUUUGUGUAUGCUGGCUCCAUUAUCACGGUCCAGUCGCUUUUGUGGCUGAUGACGAAUUGGAACAUCGAUAUCCAAACACUGUUCACCACUACUAAGGCUAAAUCGAUCGACUCCGCUCGGCUUAUCAAGGUGAUUCCCGCAGCUAAUGCUGGUUCGGCUGAGGUCUGCCCAUUGCUCUUCGACACCAGGGGUGGAAAGAAGACGGUCUCGUUCCUGUUUCAGAAGCGCCGCUUUCUUUACUACCCUGAACGCCGAUGCUUCGCCCCCUUGUCCUACGUCCUCGACGCUGAGCCCAAGCCUGCCCUCAAGACCUUCCAGAAGACCCAAGGCUUGACCACCAAGGAAGAGGUCGAACGUAUUCAGCACCACUAUGGCGAUAACACGUUUGAUAUUCCCGUGCCGGGUUUUGUUGAACUUUGGAAGGAGCACGCAGUUGCGCCUUUCUUCGUUUUCCAAAUCUUCUGUGUUGGUUUGUGGAUGUUGGACGAGUACUGGUACUAUUCUCUGUUUACCCUCUUCAUGCUUGUCAUGUUUGAGAGCACGGUGGUGUGGCAGCGCCAGCGGACGCUCAAUGAGUUCCGCGGAAUGAGUAUUAAGCCGUAUGAAGUCUGGGUCUUCCGGGAGAAACAAUGGCAGAAGACUACCAGUGACAAGCUCUUGCCCGGUGACUUGAUGUCGGUUAACCGAACCAAGGAGGACAGUGGUGUGGCGUGUGAUAUUCUCUUGAUCGAAGGAAGUGUUAUCGUUAACGAGGCUAUGCUCUCUGGUGAGAGUACACCACUUCUGAAGGAGUCCGUCCAACUGAGGCCCGGCGACGACCUGAUCGAACCGGAUGGAUUGGACAAGAACGCAUUCGUACACGGAGGAACCAAAGUCCUGCAGAUUACUCAUGCGAACACCACAUCAGACGAUAUUGCCAAGUCUCACGAUGGUUCCGGUAUUCUUCCCACGCCCGAUUCUGGCGCGCUUGGUGUUGUGGUGAAAACCGGUUUUGAAACAAGCCAGGGCAGUCUCGUGCGUACCAUGAUCUACUCCACCGAGCGGGUGUCUGCCAACAACGUGGAAGCCCUGCUCUUUAUUCUAUUCCUGCUUAUUUUCGCCAUUGCCGCCUCAUGGUAUGUUUGGCAGGAGGGUGUGGCAAAGGAUCGCAAGAGGUCGAAAUUGCUCCUGGAUUGUGUCCUCAUCAUCACUAGUGUCGUACCUCCCGAACUUCCUAUGGAGCUCAGCCUUGCUGUCAACACUAGUCUGGCUGCUUUGAGCAAGUUUGCCAUCUUUUGCACUGAGCCUUUCCGGAUUCCUUUCGCCGGCCGGGUCGAUGUUGCCUGCUUUGAUAAAACCGGUACUUUGACCGGGGAGGAUCUUGUUGUCGACGGUGUUGCCGGUCUGACUCUUGGUCAGGCAGGCGCAAAGGUUGAGAAAGAUGGUGCCCACACUGAACUCGCCAAGAGCAGCGAUGUCGGACUCGAUACAUCUCUGGUUCUUGCCAGCGCUCACGCACUAGUGAAGCUUGAUGAGGGCGAGGUUGUUGGUGACCCUAUGGAAAAGGCCACGCUGAAAUGGCUUGGCUGGACACUAGGAAAGAAUGACACCCUGACCGGCAAGGUCUCGGCCACGGCUUCUCGGGUUCCCGAGUCCGUCCAGGUUAUCAGACGUUUCCAAUUCUCUUCCGCACUGAAGCGUCAGAGUACCAUCGCCACGAUUGUCUCCGAUGACCGCAGCACGCACAAGAAGGUCAAAUCAACCUUUGUCGGUGUCAAGGGUGCCCCCGAAACCAUUAGGUCUAUGCUUAUCGACACCCCGCCGAACUACGAGGAAACUUUCAAGUACUUCACUCGCAACGGCGCUCGUGUCCUUGCCCUCGCUUACAAGUAUCUCUCUCAUGAAGCUGAACUCACUCGCGCUCGUAUCAACAAUUACACCAGGGAAGAGGUGGAAUCUGACCUGAUCUUCGCCGGUUUCCUCGUCUUGCAGUGUCCCCUGAAGGAUGACGCCAUCAAAGCCGUUCGUAUGCUCAACGAAAGCAGCCACCGUGUCGUCAUGAUCACUGGUGACAAUCCUCUGACUGCCGUGCACGUUGCUCGCCAAGUUGAAAUUGUGGAUCGUGAUGUGUUGAUCCUUGACGCUCCCGAACACGACACGUCAGGGACCAGACUGGUCUGGCGCAGUAUCGACGACAAGCUCAAUAUUGAUGUUGAUCCUACCCAGGAUCUCGAUCGCCGUAUUUUGGAAACCAACGAUAUCUGUGUCACGGGCUACGCUUUGGCCAAGUUCAAGGGCCAGAAGGCACUUCCUGACCUCCUUCGUCACACUUGGGUCUAUGCUCGCGUUUCCCCCAAACAGAAGGAGGACAUUCUUCUUGGUCUCAAGGAUGCUGGUUAUACGACUUUGAUGUGCGGUGAUGGAACGAACGAUGUCGGUGCCCUGAAGCAAGCCCAUGUCGGUGUUGCACUCCUGAAUGGCUCCCCUGAGGAUCUCACAAAGAUUGCUGAGCACUAUCGGACAACGAAAAUGAAGGAAAUCUACGAGAAGCAGGUUUCCAUGAUGCAGCGCUUCAACCAGCCGGCUCCGCCCGUGCCUGUGCAAAUCGCGCACCUUUACCCUCCAGGUCCUAGCAACCCGCACUAUCAAAAGGCCAUGGAACGCGAAGCGCAGCGUAAGGGUACCACCGUCCAGGCUGCGUCGGCCCAAGCAGAGGCGAUCCCCACCAUCACAUCUCCUGGUGCACGUGCUCUGCAGCAAUCGAAUUCCAACUUGACUCCUCAUCAACAGCGCCAGCAACAAGCCUCUGUGGCAGCUGCUGGGUUUGCCGAUAAGCUUACUACUUCCAUGAUGGAGCAGGAGUUGGAUGAGAACGAACCCCCGACCCUCAAACUCGGUGAUGCCUCUGUCGCUGCACCCUUCACCAGCAAAUUGGCAAAUGUCGUUGCUAUUCCCAACAUUCUGCGUCAGGGUCGCUGCACACUGGUCGCAACGAUUCAGAUGUACAAGAUCCUUGCCUUGAACUGUUUGAUCAGUGCCUACAGUCUGAGUGUUAUCUACUUGGACGGUAUCAAGUUUGGUGACGGUCAGGUGACUAUCAGCGGUAUGCUGAUGAGUGUCUGUUUCCUGUCAAUUUCUCGUGCAAAGUCUGUUGAAGGUCUGUCGAAGGAGCGCCCUCAGCCAAACAUCUUCAACGUGUACAUCAUCGGCUCCGUGCUCGGCCAGUUCGCCAUCCACAUCGCCACCUUGAUCUACCUGUCGAACUAUGUAUACAGCAUCGAGCCGAGACAAUCCGACGUUGAUUUGGAGGGAGAGUUCGAGCCGUCGCUCCUCAACAGUGCCAUCUAUCUUUUGCAGCUUAUCCAGCAGAUUUCGACUUUCUCCAUCAACUACCAAGGCCGCCCCUUCAGAGAGUCUAUUCGCGAGAACAAGGCUAUGUACUGGGGUCUGGUUGCGGCAUCUGGUGUCGCCUUUUCUUGUGCAACCGAAUUCGUGCCUGAACUGAACGAGAAGCUCCGCCUGGUCCCGUUCAGCACCGAGUUCAAACUGACACUGACUGUUCUGAUGAUUAUCGAUUACGCGGGAUGCUGGCUCAUUGAGAAUGUGCUCAAGACGUUGUUCAGUGAUUUCCGGCCGAAGGACAUCGCGGUACGCCGGCCUGACCAACUGAAGCGGGAGGCGGAGCGUAAGCAGAAGGAGACUGGGCAGCAGUAG